AUGAGAGUCUUCUACCUUCUCGCUGCUGCCAUUGGCGCAGCCAACGCUGGCGUUUUAGACUUCCGUCGUCACCAGCCUCAAGGUUACUCGACAUCUAUCGUUCAUGAAACACGAAACUUCGCUGUUCCUGCUGAGAAGCGGACCGACCCUUACCCUCCUCCCGCUGACCAGGGAUCAUAUCCUCCUCCUGCCGAUGAGGGAAGUUAUCCUCCUCCUGCCGACCAGGAGAGUGAUCUCUACCCUCCCCCGGAUGUUCCUGAGAAUACUGAGCCUGCUGCGCAGGAAUCAUCUCAGUAUGCCCCCCCUCAACCUACUUCCGAGGCUCCGUCUCCCACCUCUGAGGUUCCCGUCCCUCAAGAGCCUACCUCUGAGGUUGUUGAGAAGGAUACCACUCAAUAUGCUCCACCUCCUGCCGUCCCUACUGUCGCUACUACCGAACUUGAAGAUACCACCGACUAUGCUCCUCCUCAGUCUGCAGCCACUGAGACUGUCAGCAAGCCUGCCGUAGAUGAGACAACCGACGCUGCUACUCCCACUGACGUUUAUCCUCCUCCCGCCAACACCCCUUCGGAUGCUUAUCCUCCUCCCGAGAAUGUUCCAUCGACUGAGGGCGGACAAGAGUCCACUGCUGAGGCUACUUCUGCCACUGACGUCCCUGUCGAAACUCCUUCUGUUGUUUACCCUCCUCCAGAGGGUGUGUCAACCACCGAGUCUGCACAAGAGCCUACUGCCGAUGCCACCACUGCUGAUGCCAACACCGCAACUGACCUUUACCCUCCUCCCGCCAACACUCCCUCUGAUGCCUAUCCUCCUCCAGAGGGUGUCUCAACGACCGAGUCUGCACAAGAGUCUACUGCUGAUGCAACCACUGAUGCUGCCACUGCUGGUGUCACUACAGCGACUGAUUUGUACCCUCCUCCUGCUCAAAGCGAUACCACCAAGCCCGCUCAAGAGGACUCCACUGAGGCUCUUACUGCUACUUCCGACUACGCUCCUCCCGAGAGCACCGAUGUGACUCAAAAGGGAUCUACCGUUAUUGACAGCUCCACCGGUACUUAUCCCCCACCCGAGGGUACCAACACUGAGUCUGGCUCGGCGGCUACUACCACUGAGGUUUCCAACGACACCAGUGCACCUGCUUUGCCAGAGACCACUGAAGUUGAGAGCGCCUCUACUACUGAGUGGACUACCUCAACCGUCUACACCACCAACGUCUACACAGUGACAUCGUGCCCUCCUGAGAUCCCUGACUGUCCCAACAACAAGCACGUCACCACCGAGACUAUCGCUGUGUCAACUACCAUCUGCCCCGUUACUGAGAAGGGUGAGACUCCUGUUUCUACUCCCGAGUACCAGGCCCCUGGAACCACUGAGUCCGAGCACCAGAACACCGAGACUGUUUCUCUGCCCGUUGAGACCGAGACUGCUCCCGCUGAAGCUGGAUCUACUCAACCUGCUGUCGAGCCAUCCACUGGUGUCUACCCUCCUCCCGAGGCUGGAACUGAGACUGGCUCUGCUUCUGUCCCUGUAGAGACCGAGACCGAGACUCAGAAGGUCCCUGAGCAUACCGAGACUGUUACUUCCACUGGUGUUUACCCUCCUCCUGCUCAGUCUACCAUUGAGACCACUGAGGGCGCCGAGACCGAGACCGAGACCAUUCCUGCCGAGACUGAGUCUGUACCUGCCGAGACCGAGACCGUGUCCGUUCCCAUUGGAACUGAGACUGCUCCCGUUGAAGCUGGAUCUACUACACCCGCUGUCGAGUCAUCCACUGGUGUAUACCCUCCUCCUAAGCCCCACACCGAGACCGCCGGUACUGGAACAGAGACUAUCACCGAGAACCCCAGCCAGACUGAGCCAGCCAUUGAAACAACCAGCCAAUGGACCACCUCGACCGUGUACACAACUACCGUCCGAACCAUCACUUCUUGCCCACCUGAUAUCCCUGACUGCCCUAACAACAAGCAUGUCACCACCGAGACUAUCGCCAUCUCCACAACCAUUUGCCCUGUGACUGAGGCUCAGCCUACGAAGCCUGUGACCGUCACCGAGGACCAGCCCGCCACUGAGACCGAGGACAAGCCUGCUACCGAAACUGGAGACAAGCCUGCCACCGAGGUGUCUACUGUCCCCGUCACCGAGUCUGAGGAGCAGCCUACCAAGCCCGUCACUGGACACGAGGGAUCCACCAAGCCGGCAACCGAGGAACAGCCCACAGAGACUGAGACUCAGGCUAUUACUACCGAUGGCAACAAGUACCCCGUUCCUACCGAGAGCGGAGAGCAGUCCACUCACCCCGUUACUGGCACUGAGGAGCAGCCUGCGCCUACCGAGCCUGCUAGCACCACUGACUGGACUACCUCAACUGUUUACACAACCAACGUCCGCACUGUUACUUCUUGUGCUCCUGAUGUGCCUGAUUGCCCCGUUACUCCUCAUGUCACCACUGAGACGAUCGCCAUCUCUACCACCGUCUGCCCUGUCACUGAGGUUGUCCCUUCCAAGCCUGUCACCAAGGUCAUCAUCACCGAGAACGGAUCUACCAAGACUAUCGCUACGACUGAGGAGCAUGUCACCAAGCCCGCUACCCAGGAGCAGCCCACUGAGGUUAUCCCUACUCAGCCUGCCACUGAGGAAGAGCCCACCAAGCCUGCUACCAAGCCUGUGACCGGAGGCCAGUCCGAAGCUGGAUCUACCCAGCCUGCUUCUCCUUCUACUACUGAGUGGACCACUUCAACUGUCUACACGACCAAUGUCCGCACUGUCACUUCUUGCGCGCCUGAUGUUCCAGAUUGCCCCGUCACUCCUCACGUCACUACCGAGACCAUUGCUGUUUCUACCACCAUCUGCCCCGUGACUGAGCAGCAGACCAAGCCUCAUGCCACUGGUCCCAAGCCUACCGAGCCCAAGCCCACCGAGCCCAAGCCUACUGAGCCCCAGGCUACCGGACCUCAGCCUACUGAGCCAGCCAAGACCACUGGUUACACUACCUCAACUGUCUACACUACCAGUGUUCGAACUGUCACUACCUGCGGCCCUGAGGUUCCUGACUGCCCAUUGACCCCUCACGUUACUACUGAGACUAUUGCUAUCUCUACUACCGUGUGCCCUGUCACCGAGGAACAGUCCAAGCCUACCAAGCCUGCUGGCGAGCAGCCUUCUGAGCCUGAGCAGCCCCAGGAACCCGAGCAACCUGGACAACCUGGCAAGCCUGAACAACCUGAGCAACCUGCUUCUACCAAGCCUGCUGGUGGCAACGAGCCUUACCCAGUUCCUACUCAGCACAUCGUGACAACUGGUUACUCCACCUCUACCAUCUACACGACCGCCAUCCGCACCGUUACGGCCUGCGCUCCAGGUAUCGCCAACUGCCCCGAAGGUCCUCACGUUGUCACCGAGACCAUCGCGCUCUCGACCACUCUCUGCCCCGUCACCAAGACCCAGAUUGUCCCCGGACCCGGAGCUACUUAUGGUCCUCGUCCUGGUAACAUGACGUCCACUCUUUACACGACCAAGUACUUCACUGUCACUGCCUGCCCUCCCCAGGUCACAGACUGCCCUAUCGGCCAGGUCACUUCCGCCGUUUACGCCACAGCCACCACUCAGAUCCAGCAGUGGAACCCUUCCCACUCUGGCGUCUACCAGCCUCCCGCUCCCACCAACGUUAUUCCUCCUACCGUGUCUACGACUUAUGUCCCUGGAAACCACGGUGACCAGGAGACUACCUUCCGCUACGAGACUCCUGUGCAUACUCCCAAGCCCAUCUCGACCAAGCCCAUCGAGACUCCUCAGCCUGUUGAGACUCCCCACACAACUGCUUCCGAGAAGCCAGCUGCUCCUUACUACCCUCCUCCUCCUUACUAA